CAGAUAUGCCCGACUCGGUCGCAGUAUCGAAAGACCAGGGGCGCGCAUGUCCGGAACAAAGUUCCCGGACAUAAGAUCGAAUGAACGCGAGCCCGGAGUAGAGUCACCCGGGAUUUCAUGUAGAAGAACGCUUCAUCUGGGAAAGGGAGCAUAGAAUGCCAGUAACACCGCAUAAGAGCUUCCUCAUACUACCUAGCGCUGAGCGUUCUGGUUGCCCGGAGGGUCAGCCUAGGUGACUCAUCCGAGUCUAGGCCGGUGUGAACAAUCCGUCGACGCGUCGAAGAUAUGCUUAUAAUAAAGCUUGAAAGCGUAGGUGCUUGAAUACCACUACCAAGCAUCAAUCAUCCAGCUCUUAGCCUCAAAAUGUCACCAUACGACUUCCACAUCUCAACUCCCCGUCUCUACCUCUCCUACCUCGAUCCCUCCUCUGACGAACAGUGCGACUUCACUCUUGCACUUUACCAUGGUGCUCCAUCUGUCAGGCGGUACCCUGGCGUAAUCAAAGACGUACCAGAUCGCGAAGCAGCGCGGAAGAUCGCCGCUUCUGGGGAUGAGAAGCUUCGUGCGACGGGUUAUGGGCGGUACAUUAUCAGCUUGAAAUCAGAAUCACCUGAAGGUGACGAGGAGACCGGAGUUCCAUUCUCUCAGAAGAAACUAGAACGCAUUGGGAUUGUUAGCAUGCAACUAGGACGUGUUGCGGGCGAGCAAGCACCCACCAUGCCGGAUGUCGGCUUUAACAUGAUGGAGCGGUACCACGGGAAGGGGUAUGCAACGGAAGCUGCGCAGGGAUUGAUCAAGUACUUUCGCGAGGAGAAAGGUGCGAAGGAGAUUGCGGGUUUGACCGAUGACACGAACGAAGAGGCAAAGAGACUCUUCCGCAGACUGGGGUUCACGAAUCAUGGAGUCAGGACCGUACGUGGUAUUCGAUGGUCGGGUGAAGAGCUUGACGUGGAUCUCUGGACUUUGGGACUAGAGGAUGGGAAGAAACUGGAAGAUUUUGGAUUCUGAUCCGACACGGCUGCCGCGUAUGCUUUCCACUUCGUACUGGCGUUCUUUCGCUAUGGGUUAUCUUUAAAUGGGGGAUUUUCCAUGCUUGAAGGG